AUGUCCGAAAAGACUGCCGUCCUGACCGACAAGGCCCCCAAGCCCCUCCCCGGCAUCUACAGCCAGGCCAUCAAGGCCAACGGCUUCGUUUUUGUUUCGGGUGCCGUGCCCAUGGACCCUGUGAGCAUGCAGAUCAUCGACGGCGACAUCCAGGCGCACACGCACCAAUGCAUCAAGAACCUGACCGCCAUCCUCGAGGAGGCCGGUUCCAGCAUCGAAAAGGUCGUCAAGGUCAACGUUUUCCUGUCCAACAUGGACGACUUUGCGGCCAUGAAUGAGAUUUACAUGCAGUACUGGGGCGAGGUCAAGCCGUGCCGGACAUGCGUGGCCGUCAAGACGCUGCCGCUGAAUGUGGAUGUCGAGAUUGAGUGCACAGCUUUGUGCUAG